AUGUCAAACGCACCAGAGUUAUCGAAUGUUAGAGAUUUCCUCAAGAAAGUCAACCUACUUGAAUACUAUGGUCGUUUCGUGGCGGAGGGAUUUGAUGAUUUGACCUCGAUAAUGGAAGUCACAGAAGCCGAUCUAGAAGCGAUGGACGUAAAGCGAGGUCAUCGUAGGCGUCUACAGCGAGAAAUAGCAACCGUCAAAGGAUAUCCGCACAUUACUUCUCUCAGCUCAAUUGUCGGUACUGAUUCUUUGACAAACAAUCCAGCAUUCAGCAAUGAUAAUUCGCAGAUUCAAAACAUUCCUCUUCAGUCGAAACAGUUAUAUGUCAAUGAGACAUCAUUAAACAAUCAAAUUCAACCCGUUUCACUACCAAAACGUCAAGAAACACAAGCCAAUGGGCCACCACCAAAACCACCUGAACCCACGAGCAGCAAACGCAAGUAUCGAAGACAUCCCAAACGCGACAGACAUGCUCCAGUAAAACCAGCAUCUGCGUAUGUUAUGUUUGCGCAUCGCGUUCGUGAGCAAUACCAAGGACAAAACUUGUCUUUUCCUGAAAUGGCUAAAAUAGUUGGUGAGCGAUGGAAAAAUGUCCCUUCUGCCGAAAAGGAAGCAAUCGAGAAAGACGCUGCUGCUGCAAAGUCUAAAUAUUUGGCAGAGUUGGAAAUUUACAAGAACAGCGAUGCAUGGAAGCAAUAUCAAAUAUACCUCCGCCAAUUUUACGACAAUGACAAUGGCAAACCAGAUCGUGACAGAAAAAGAGCGCACACUUUACGCUUCAAAUCUGAGCGAUUCCCAGGCCCGGAACAUUCAACUUCCACAAACUUUCCCGCUACCCAAGCAACUCCCAUCAAUUAUCAGAGCAACAUCCCAAACAACGAAUGCAACGUAUUAAAUAACAGGUCGAAUUCUAUAUUUUCGUACCAGGCCGCAAAUUGCAACCAGCAUAAAGAAUGUACAAAUUUUCAUCCAGACGGUAGCCAUAACGGAAGAAGGAAAGACAGUAGCAACAAUCUCAAUACAAAUGCUAGUGCAAGUACGCCGACGUCUGAUAGUACCAUUUCUUCCAACGGCUCGGCUUCCACAACAAUAACGACAGCAACGACUUCUACUACAUCGACUACAUCGACUAUGCCCUCCAUGUUUCAAUCAAGACGCACAAAUGACAGCCGUGGUAAUUAA